CAGGGAGGCCCGGAGGGAGGCCCGGAGGGAGGCCGGGCGGGGGCCCAGCGGGACGCCUCCUCCCCGCCACCCUCACUCCGCCUCUCCCUCCGCCUCUCACAGAUUCCAGAGCCACCAUGGGCGCAUUCUUGGAUAAGCCCAAGACGGAGAAGCACAACGCCCACGGCGCCGGCAACGGCCUGCGCUACGGGCUGAGCAGCAUGCAGGGCUGGCGGGUGGAGAUGGAGGACGCUCACACGGCCGUGGUGGGCGUCCCCCACGGCCUGGACCACUGGUCGUUCUUCGCCGUCUACGACGGCCACGCCGGCUCCCGGGUGGCCAACUACUGCUCGGCCCACCUGCUGGAGCACAUCACGGACAACGCGGACUUCCGGGCGGCCGAGAAGCCGGGCUCGGCCCUGGAGCCGUCCGUGGAGAACGUCAAGAGCGGCAUCCGGACUGGCUUUUUGAAGAUCGACGAGUACAUGCGCAACUUUUCCGACCUGCGGAACGGGAUGGACCGGAGCGGCUCCACGGCCGUGGCCGUCCUCAUCUCCCCCGAGCACGUCUACUUCAUCAACUGCGGCGACUCGCGGGCCGUCCUGGUCCGGAGCGGGCGGGUCUGCUUCUCCACCCAGGACCACAAGCCCUGCAACCCGCGGGAGAAGGAGCGGAUCCAGAACGCGGGGGGCAGCGUCAUGAUCCAGCGCGUGAACGGCUCGCUGGCCGUGUCGCGGGCCCUGGGGGACUACGACUACAAGUGCGUGGACGGCAAGGGCCCCACGGAGCAGCUGGUGUCCCCCGAGCCCGAGGUGUGCGAGGUCCCGCGGGCCGAGGAGGACGAGUUCGUCGUCCUGGCCUGCGACGGCAUCUGGGACGUCAUGAGCAACGAGGAGCUCUGCGAGUUUGUCAGGUCUCGGCUCCAAGUGACGGACGACCUGGAGAAGGUGUGCGACUGGGUGGUGGACACUUGUUUACAUAAGGGAAGUCGGGAUAACAUGAGCAUUGUACUAGUUUGUUUUUCCAAUGCCCCUAAGGUCUCGGAGGAGGCAGUGAAAAAAGAUGUGGAGUUGGAUAAGCAUUUGGAAUCACGGGUUGAAGAAAUUAUGGAGAAGUCCGGGGAGGAAGGAAUGCCUGACCUCGCUCAUGUGAUGCGCAUCUUGUCUGCCGAAAAUAUCCCCAAUUUACCACCAGGGGGCGGUCUUCCUGGCAAGCGCAAUGUUAUCGAAGCUGUUUAUAAUCGACUGAAUCCACACAGAGAGAACGACGGGGGCGCUGGAGACCUGGAAGAGCCGUGGUAGCCUUACAAACCUACUCAAAUGGUUUUGAUUCUGAAACGUGGGGGAGAAACUUUUAAUCACAGUUUUCUUCGAUACAAGGGAAAAAUUCUGGUGGAUUGCCAACAUUUUUGUGAAGUGAGCGGAGAAAAACAAUUAGAACUUUCCAUCCUCGGUUCCUCUGUGUUUUCCGACAUUGCCACUCUUAGCGCAUCGCCCGUACUUCAGUAUUUUUUUUUUUUUCUUUUUUGGCCGACUUCGGGCACCCCGAGUCCAUCCGUGUCAGACGCUAGACGUAGGGACCGAGGACGCGGUGGAGCCGCCGUGGGCGGGCCUGAGGUGCAUGGGAGUCCGGGGGUGCUCUGAAGAUACCGUCUGGGGAUUGUUUGUCUGUUUGUUACUUUUCCUAAACAAAACUCACACCAUAUAAGCAUGUAAGAGUCCAGAUAUUGUAUGAGAUGUUACUUAGUUCACACUGCCAAUCGCAAAGCCCCGCGAAGCUCGCUCUCUGGCCUAGGGUUUCAGUUGGACGUUAAUGCUGGUUGGUAUUUCUGAUGGUGGGUUUUUUUUGUUUGUUUGUUUUUGCGGGGGGUUUCAUUUUCCACUUCUACCUGUAUUCCCAGGCUGGAGUCUCCCACAGUGUCCAAACUGUGACGUUGCCUUGCUUCAAGAUAAGCACGUCGAGCAAGGAGAAGAGAUAUUUAGACCCGAAACCCAUAUGAAUUUCACGACCGUGUCCGACACACCCUUAAACUCGAGCUGGGAAGUCUUUAAACUGAACUAAUUAAUUUAUGGUUAGCUGUCAUUUGCUCUCACAUCUCACUGCUGCAGGUUUUUCAAGAAAAGGGCGGAAAGUUUGCCUUUAUGAUGUAAAUGGUGAUUUUUGUUUUACAUGUGGUUUUCUGUAGGUUCUUGACUUUUUUUCGUCUUCCCCAGUUUAAUUGACAGAAGUUCCGUGUAACAUGGGUAUCACUCUUAAUUGUCUGCAUUAUUUUCAAAGCUCAGAAUAUCACUUUGAGAUGUCUAUAAAUACAGUUAAAUUCUCUAUUUUAGAUCUAAGAAAAUAUGACAGAGCUAUUUUCCUGGGUUCAGUGACCUCUCAUUUUAUAAGCAGUGGGCGUGGUACAGAGUGGCGGUCACCUAAGGUACUUGAAGAUUCUUAGUUUAAUUCUAUUUUUGCAAUAACCUUGGUUUUUCUGACUUGUUUUGAGUUGUGCAUGUAUGGAGUCCGGUGAAUGCCGAAGACGGAGCAGAGCCAAGUGUUUCUCCCGGAGGAGCCGGUCGUGGCCUCCGGCGGCCCCCAUCCGGCCGGGACUCCCGCCCGGGACUCCCGCCCGGCCCGCGGCCGGCUGCCUCCCGAACGCUUUCCCCGUUGGUUCCCGGCGCGUCGUGGGCGAGGAGGGGCAGGCCUCUGCGGGCCCGGACACGUCGUGGGUCUGACCGAGCUCCCGAGUCCUCCCCCGGUUUCUCCGCGGUAUUUUCUGUAGCUUCCCCCUCCCCCCUCGCCGCGUCCUCAGAACCUCCCGCCCACCCACCGACGGCCGGCCCGGCCGGCCACCCGGUCCACGGUGUACCUGAUUUUUGGUCUAGAGAGGAUUAUUGCCACGAUCUAUUUUAUUUAUUCAUUAGAUUUUAGCCUCGUAAGUUAAAGUGUUCUACAUGACGAUGUUAACAGGUAUUGGUCCCUUAACUGGGCUCUGGGGGAGGGGGGGAGCGGGGGGUGGGAGUGGGGCUCCUUCAAAGAUCGGGAACGAAGAGUGCAAAAUGGUUUAUUGUUCAGGCUGUCGAUCUGCUCUGUCCAACGCUGUCCCGAUCGCACCUUCCCAGUAGGGUGUUGUGAUGUUUCAUACGAUGCAGUGAACAUAACCAACUUGUUAUCUUCAAUAAAGGAUUGUCAAAAAACCCCA